AUGAAACGUGUUAUCGACGAUAUUAUUAAUUUAAUAUCACCAGUAAAACGUUUUCAUCGUAGUAAUACUUGUUUUCUUGAUUUACCAAAUGAAAUUUUACUUAUGAUUUGUCGUUAUAUGUCAACACCUGAUAUUCUUCAUUGUUUUUACACACCGGAAACACCUAAUAUGCGUCUUCAUUGUUUAAUUUCUGAUUAUUAUACGAAAAUCAAUCUUGAUGCAAUAACAUUUGAUAAAUGUAAUUAUUUAAUUAAUUUAUUUAAUAGUUCAAAUUAUCUUCUUCAACCUGAAUCAUUAAAAUUAAGUAAUGAACAUGUAUCUUGUUUAAUUACACACUAUUUUUCUUCAAUAUCACAAAAAAUAAUUGAAGCAAUCUUCGUUAAUUUAAAAGAUCUUACUUUAAUUGAUUGUUUACCAGAUGAUCUUUAUACUAUCGAUCAGCAUUCUAAACAUUUGACAAAACUUCAAUAUCUUCAUGUUACUUUUCGUAAAUUUAAGCAAGAUUUCGAUAUUUCGUACGUCGGGAAAAAUGAUAUAAUAAUCAAUCGAUUGUUAUUCUCUGGUCAAAUGUGUACUCUUCAUACAAUUAAAAUUGAAUUAAAUAAUGGACUUUCAUUAUAUAAAUGUUUAAUUCCUCAUCAAUCUCUUCGUCAUGUUCAAAUCAUUUUACGAACAAUUGAUGAUUUAUAUAUAUUACUCAAUGGACUUAUACCAAAUGUCGAAUCAAUGAUUGUUCAAUUAAGUCAAUCACGUAUAUUGAGUUGUACUAGAAUAGUUAUGGAUGAUAUGGAAUAUAUACUUGGUUAUAUGACUAAUCUUCGUAAGUUAAUAUUGAAUAUUCGUGAUACACCUGAUUCAAGAUUUUCUAAUGGAUUAACAAUGGAAUCAAUUUUAAAUAAAUAUGUUCCUCAUCUUUGUCAAUUUGAUUAUACAAUGACUCAUCGAAUUAGUGAUACAACAUUAAUUGAAGAUUUUAUUCGAUGGACAAUGAAAUAUAUUUAUUAUGAGAUAGACAAUACUAAAUGGAUACAUAUUUAUUCGUUACCAUGGCCAUCAACAAGACAAGAUAAACGAGAAAUACCUAUAGUCAAUGGACAACAUGAUGUAUCAGUUACAUCAGAUGUUAAAUAUGCUCUAUAUACGAAUAAUGUUAAUAUUACAAGAGAGAAUGAAUUAUUAGAAAUAAAUAAAAAGUUUAGUCAAGUUCAUCAACUGCGAACAUGUUUAUCCAUUGAUAUAAUAUUGCCACAACGGAUUUCAAAAUUAAUUCUGAGUGUUAGUUCAAUAAAUAGUAUUCCACAACCUUCAAUUCGUCAUUUGAUAAUUGAACGUCGUUUAAUUGAUGAAAAAGAAAUAAAUAUUCUUGCUCGUCAAUUUCCACAUGUUAAUUAUUUAGAAUUAUUAUUUCCAUUGGAAAAAGAUCAUUUUCUUCGUUGUUUCAAAACUCUUUUCAAUUUUGAUUCUACUACUGAAAAACAUUUCAUUUGGUCUGAAAUGAUUUGUUUUCACACAGUAAUAAAUUAUCAACAAAGAAACUCGAUUUAUACCAAUGAAAAACUUCAUUAUUGGCUUAUUCAAAAUACUGAUUUGAAAUUUCAUUCAAUUCCGUUUUAUGCUAAUUGUUCUAAUUCUAUGUUUUCUGUUUGGCUUUGA